AUGCCCGCCACAAGGAGUCGCGGGUUGGCAUCUAGACCCCAAAACGAGGCAAAAGAUAGCCGUGAUGAACACCUCCCGCCUCCCGCAGAACUGUUGAAGUAUCUUCAGAAGUAUGAAGUCUUGAUAUGUACCUGUUGUAGGCAUGCGAUAAAACCCGGUGGUAUCGUUCGACACCUGAAAGAGAUCCAUCAUCUCCAGAAUGAACAUCGAAGGCCAUAUACUUUAUACGCAAGCAACUUCAAGCUGAAAAAACCAGAAGAUGUUUCUGAUCCACAGGAUCAGGAUUUCCCCAUGUCAUAUCUUCCACUUGAACAAGGGUGGAGAUGUCGCGCCCCGGGCUGUGACUACCUAUGCGUCUCAACCAAACGCAUGGAGACACACUGGCCCUCGAAGCACGGCUGCAAGGGUGAUCCAAACUGGGACUGGACUCCAACUCCAAUCCAGACGUUUUUCAGAGGCAACAUGCUACGCUAUUUUACCACUAAGGAGGAAACCCAUCUCAACCAGACCCCACAAAACCUCCCUGCUGCAUCGAACUUGAUUCAAAAAAUGCGAAACAGAUACAGAAUCGAUGCAAUCGACUCUCUAACACUGGAACACUACUUUUAUUCAUCCUAUCGGAGCUUUUCCAAACCAGGCCAAACAGAAGGAGUCUGGCUCAAAGUUGUAGCAGACCUUACAUACCAUCAUCUCUUCCUUUUACAUGGCAUCCUGGCCUGCACAGCAUUGCACAUGGCACAUCUAUAUCCAGCCCAGCGAGAAAUGUACAUCAUAAGAGCAUACUCCCACCAGGAUACAGCACUCCCGAUAUUCCGCAAUGAGCUCAAUCACCCAACAGCAGAGAACUGUGACGCUAUAAUGGCGUUCGGUUAUCUACUUAUAGUAUUCUCGUUUGCAACGGAGCUUGACAACAGCCAGAAUUCUCUUUUGCUUAUUAACGAUCCAUCAACUGAAACCGGGCAAGACCAAUUAAUCCUCCCACAGUGGUUGCAUUUUAUCCGAUGUGGUUGUGAAAUGCUGAACGAGGUCUGGGAUCGAAUUGAAGCCGGGCCAGCAAGAGCCCUUGCUUAUGCCUGGGAAAUUGAGCUUAAUGUCGGUGAUAGCAAAUUGCCUUACCUGGAGCACUUCAUGUCCAUUGUUCCGCAUGAUGGAUCAUGGUCGGAAGAUGUUAUUUCUGUUUAUCGGGAUGGCGCGAGUGCAUUGGCGGAUGCAUUUGCUUAUAUGGACCGAGAUACGACCCAGGUUGAUGUUAGUACGUGGAAUAUCCUGGGUCUUUGGUGCGUGCGUCUGGAAAACGAGUUUUACGAUUUGAUAUUUCAGAGACAUCCUGGCGCACUGAUUCUGCUUGCAUAUUAUUGUGUUAUUAUGAAGCGGAUGGAGACGUGCUGGUAUUUUGGGGGGAAGGCCGGCGAGGUUGAUCGCUUCUAUCAGAGAUGUGCUUGA